AGAAGAUUAUGCAUUAUUUUUUAAUGUCAAAUGUCAUAACCGUUUAUUUACAAUUAUAAAUUUUAAAAAUAAUUAAAUAUCCCUAAUGGAUCCUUAUUUAGAAGACAAUGAAGGCACAGGCCUUAAAGUAUGCACUGAAUGUGGAAAACGUUUUCUUAAUAUAUCCAACUUAAGAAGGCAUGCAAGACAAGUGCACCCAGACAAGCUACAAGAAAUAGCCCCGUUAUUCUAUAAAAAUAAAGCUAAUUUUAGUUUCUCUUGCGAUAUUUGUAACAAAAAUUUUAAUAUCAAAUCGCACCUUCGGCAUCAUAUGAAGAAACACAUACCGGAGGAUGCUCCUUCAAAUCCCGAUGAAAAACCAAUGAAACCAUCAAAAAAAUGUCCCUUAUGUUCUUUUGCCAUUUUUAAAGCUGUGGAACUACAAAAACAUUUUGAGGAAGUUCAUGAAAUUACUAUAAACUCUAAAGAUAUGGAAUUUACCUCAUUACAAGAUUUUGAGAAUUGGAUGAAAAGUAUAGAGAAAAAAACGCAAUCAAAGUUUGUGAAAAAGGGAACCCGCAGUUUCAAAGAUCAUACAACAACUAAAUAUAUUUGCCACCGUGCUGGACAUUAUGUACCAAGAGGCAAGGGUUUAAGAAAUUUGAAAGUUAAAGGUAGUUCCAAAAUAAAUGGAUAUUGUCCUGCCAGUAUAAAAUUAAUUCAUUAUAAUAAUGGUUUAUGUUACAUACAUAAUAUUGAGACCCAUGUAGGGCAUUCACCAGAUAACAACCUUGAAUACUUGCCUCUUACAAAAGAAGACAGAGAACAAAUAGCAUCUCAAAUUGCUAAUAAAGUUCCCUUUGAAGAUAUUUUAGAUGGCAUUAGAAACUCUUCCACAAAUUCUGAUGUGGAAAGAAUUCAUUUAAUAAGCAGAAAGGAUUUGUAUAAUAUACAGAAAAGUUUUAACCUAUCAUCAGAUUUGACAAAUAGUUCCAUUGAUGAAAUUAGUCUAGAAUCAUGGGUUAAUGCAUUGAAGAAUGAUAAUGAUUGUGUAAUAUUUUAUAAACCUCAAGGCAUUGUGAUGGAUGACCAUCCACUAUUUGAAAAUGAAGAUUUUAUAUUAAUGAUUAUGACAUCAGUUCAGUGUGAAUUAUUGAAUAAAUAUGGGAAACAUUGCAUUUGUUUGGAUAGAGCACUUUCGGUUAAUGGUUAUAAUUUUGAACUACACACUUUACUUAUUCUUGAUGAUAUCAGUGAAGGUAUGCCUUGUGCUUUCUGUAUCUCAAAUCGAUCAGACCAGGAGGUCUUUAAAUUAUUUUUCUGGAGCAUUAAAGAGCAAACUGGAAUAAUUCAAACAAAAAUAUUUAUGUCGGAUGCAAACGAUAGUUACUUCAAUGCUUGGAAAUAUAUUAUGGGAGUACCAGAAGAAAGGCUUUUCUGUUUGUGGCAUUUAGAUUAUGCUUGGAAAAUGAACUUAAAAAAAAUUAAAUCAAAAGAAAAACAGGUUAUAAUUUAUAAAAAGCUGAGAGUAUUACUAAAAGAAAGAGAUUCUGGCAUAUUUAUGAAAAUGAUUAAUAAUUUUUGUGAAGUAUCUGCUGAGGAUCCAGAGACCAAAGACUUUUCUAAAUUCUUUAUAGAUACUUAUUCUGCAAACUUUGACUGUUGGGCUCAUAGUUAUAGGUUGCAUUCUAGAAUAAAUACAGAUUUGCAUUUAGAAAGAAUUCAUAAAACUAUAAAAAAUAUAUUUCUGAAGGGAAAGAAUGCCAAAAGGAUAGAUGUGGCUAUUUCUGAAAUAAUGCGUUGCUUCCGAGAGAAACUUUUAGACAGGAUAUUAUUUAUUAAUAAGGGAAAAUAUUUCUUUAAGUAUUUGCAAUCUAGACAUCAAGACAGUCUUGCUUUAAAUGCAGAUAUAAUUAGUACAUCAGAAGAUGGCUGGGUUGUUCCAUCUCAAACAAGUCAGGAAACUUAUCUAAUUCAGGAAGUAAAUCAAACAUGUAAUUGUGAUAUAAUGUGUACAGAAUGUAACAACACAUGCAUACAUAGAUAUUGCUGUUCCUGUAUUGAUUCAUGUAUUAAAUUCAAUUUAUGUAAACAUAUUCAUCUAUUAGCUAGUUGGAGAAAACAAUCUGUUUCGAAUAAUGAAAUUGAAGGUGAAGACUAUGUUGACAAUUAUAUUAUACAAAUGGACAAUCACUCAAAUGAUAAUGAGUCGGAAGUUAUUGUACACCUAGCUAAGAGAAGAUUAGAAGACGAAAAAGAGGAAUUAAAAAAACGAGUCUGUUCAUAUUUGGAUGCAAUUCAGUCAGCAGAAGAAUUAGAACUGGCGAAAAAAAUGUUGGCACCCCUUACUCUUUCAUUGUCUACUGAAGAGAUGAAACUGAAACCCCAAACUUUUAUAACAACAGAUGUAACCAAUUUGACUGAUCAAUAUAUUACAUAUGAGCCAACAAAUUUUCAAUCGUUGCAUCAAAUAUGAAUUAUUUGCCCAUGAACUUUUCGAUAAUUGGACUGAAAUGAAUGGACUAUUCAGUCUGAGAAGACAUCGUGAAAAAUGCCUCUUGAGAAGAUAUGUGGUAUACUGUAUGUUAAUUAUACAGUUUUGGAAUCUAGGAAUUUGGAAAACUAGCUUUACUUGAAAAUCACAGUUAGUUUUUGCAUGAGUAUUUUAUGUAUUCUCAUUGUUUAUUAAUAUUGUAUUAAUAAUAUGUGGAAAAUACACAAUUUAAAGCCAA